AUGAGCCGACCUCCCACCCUGUUCCUGCUCUUGAUGCUGCUGACACUCUGCAUCACUGCUGGGACCCCUGAAGUAUGGGUGCAAGUUCAGAUGGAAGCUGCUGAGUUCUUGUCCUUCACUGUCCACUGCGGGUUCCAGGGAUCUGGAUCUAUCUCCCUGGUGACUGUGAGCUGCGGAGGGCCUGAAGAUGCUGGGGGGACCAAGCUGGCCGUGCUGUCCCUGGAGUCAGGUGCUUGGCUCUGGGACCCUGACUGCGAGGCCCGCUGGGAAACCAAAAGCAGCAUCUCUAUCACCCUGAAAAGCUCAGAGGACAGGCGCCUCAGUCCCAACACCACCUUCUGCUGCAAGUUUGUCUCCUUUCCUGGAGGCUCUCAAGAGGCCUGUGAUAGCUGUCCACACAGUACUGACCCAGGAUUCCCUGUACCUUCUCCAGCCCCUAUGCUGCAGGCAGGCCUGGCUGGAAUCUUGGGGGUCUCAGGGGUCCUCUUCCUUGGCUGCAUCUACCUACUCUGCCGCCUGUAUCAGCAGAGGCACUGGUCCACCCUGGAGCUCCAGACACCCUACAGUCACCCCCAAGCACCACAGCAUGCCAGGGCAGCCAACGAAGCCUCCCAGACCUCUCUCCUUCCUCACUCUGCCAGUGCCAGCUCAGAUUCCUCCCCCACAACGCCACACACAGGUCCUCUGGUACUGCCCGCCACCUCCCCGGCAGCUUUGUAUGGCACAGCGCGAGGCAGAUUCGUCUCGGUGGAGAACGGACUCUACGCUCGGAUGGAGGAGGGACCCCUCAUCCCUUUUCUGGACCCGCUGGGGCCCAGAGCUGGGACUCCACGGCUGGAAGAGGUGGAUACACGUGGUCCUGGGCUGGAGGAGAAAGGCCUCUAUCACCAUCCACACUAUCCAAGCCCAUCCAAAGGGCAACACUUGGUGACACAUUGA